AAGAGACAAAGUGGAACAUAUCGACAGGAUUUCCCCCUCGACCGAAGUUGGUAUUACUUCUCAGUCUCAAGUAAAAACUACCUUCACUCGUGGAUUAUUGUGUGAACUAUGGGUCGUUUUUGUGUCACCGUUCUUUUACUCGUUGGAGGUUUUUUUACCACACAGGCGGCCAAAUUACCAAGCACUUUUAAACGGUGCCACAAAAGUGACCCCAAAUUCGACGACUGUCUCGUCGUCAACAUCGAGGACGCCAUCCACCAACUAAAAAAUGGCGCCCCUGAACUUGGUUUGGACUCCUUCGAGCCCCUCCUUAUAUCAGAAUUGAUAAUUGGGGAAGGAUCCGGUCCUGUUAACGUCCAACAAAAUUUCAAAAAUGUCAAAUUACACGGCCUCACUGGAUCGAAAGUGUUGAGCCACAAAGCCCACUUGGAGAAUAACAUGCUGUUUGCACAGUCAGUGACGCCAAUGUUACGCUUGGAGGCCGAUUACGACAUGAAAGGACGAGUUUUGUUACUACCAAUUUUCGGAAAUGGACCUUGUAAUGUCACUUUAGUCAACACGAAAAUCAACCACACGCUUAUCGGGGAGCCCUUUGAGCGCAAGGGCCGGACUUUCCUCAAAUGGGUGGACUACAAAGUGACCCUUCGCCCCGAAAUUGUCAAAUUUCAUUUCGCUAAUUUAUUCAACGGUGAUGAUCGACUCGGAGACGAAAUCAACCGAGUGAUCAACGAUAAUUGGGAUGCUGUCUUCACCGAUGUCAGAGACGGCUAUGAGAAGAGUUUCGGGUUGAUUUUCAAGGAUUUGGCCAAUCGGGUUUUCACACGUGUGCCACUCAAAGACAUAUUUCUGGAGUAAAAUCCGGUUUUAUUUAGUAUUUCUAGUUUGUAGUUAUAGACUGUUUAUUUUUGUAUAUUUUCCAAUGAAUAAAUGAUUUUAAUAUUGACCCAGUUAGACAGA